GUCCUCUCUUGAUUGGACGCAUGCAGAGUUUUGGGGAGGUGAUGGGUGGUCCUUGUCCACCUUAAAAGCAGCUGUGAUCCGGAGGGUUGUAGGUAGCCUACCUCCACCGCUCACCUGAUCAGCUUCCAGGUUUCAACGCUCUGUCACAGGCUGCAAUAUGUCCAAACCAAGAGAUUACAGCAGCCAGUCCUACUCCCCUGGCAAUACAGGACCGGUCAAAAGCUACCCGACCAACAAAAUCGACCCGGCGGGAAAAUCCAGGGAGAAGGACGACAUGGUGGGACUCAAUGACAGGUUCGUCAGGCUGAUUGACAAGGUGAAACACCUGGAGAAUGAGAACAGAAAGCUCGAGACGAAGCUGAACAUCCUGAAGGAGCAGGAGGACUAUGACGGGAAAAUCAACGACAUCGUCAAGCACGUGGAGAACGAGUUGGAGCAGCGGAUCGAUAAUUUGCUCGAGGACAAAGAGAAACUGCAGGCUGAGCUGCUCAAGAACAUUGAGGAGGUGGAAGACACCAAGAAGAGGUAUGAGGACGAGCUGCAAAAGAAAGCUGAUCUGGAGAAUGAGUUUGUCGUGAGAAAAAAGGAGGCAGAUGAAGGUAACUUGAAGGCAGUAGAUCUGGCUCUGGAGCUGGAGGAUCUGAUAGAUAAACUGGACUUCCUCAGGGUUGGCUAUGAUGAGGAGAUCAAGGAGCUGGAGUCACACAUCCAGAACGAGACAGUGAUCUUACAUGACAACAGCAAACGGUCUCUGGACAUAGAGGACAUCAUCCAGGCUGUCAAGGAACAGUAUGCCGCCAUGGCCACCCGCACCAGGGAGGAAGCCGAGCAGUGGAACCAGAGAAAGAUGGAUGCCAUGGUCCAUAGUGCAGAACAGCGUGAGAAGGAUGUGCGUGAUGUAAGGAGGGAAAUCUCAGACCUGGUGCGCCAAAUCCAGAGGCUCAACGGGGACCUGGACGCUCUCAUAAGGAAGGAAGAGUCCCUAAAGAAUGAGAUCAGUGACAUAAGAACAGAAGGGGACAACAACAUGGAGAAGGCCCGCGAGGACAUCGCCCAGCUGGAGGAGGCCUUGAAGCGGGCCAAGCAGGACUUGGCUGGACAGAUCCGCGAACAUCAAGAGCUGAUGAACCUCAAACUGGCCCUGGACAUCGAGAUCGCCACCUACCGCAAGCUGCUGGAGGGCGAGGAGCAGAGAAUGAACCACUUCAUGCGCAACGCAGAAGUUCACCUGCCAUUGAAGCAACACCUGCCAAAGAAGCCACGAGCCCCAGAACCCACCGUCAUCCCAGCAACCACCUUUAUCCCCGCAGACACUGUCAGCCCAGCACUUGCCUUAAUCCCAGGAGACAUCUUUAACCCAGCAGUGUUCCCUGGCUCCAAGAAACGCCUGCUGAUCCGGGUGGAAGUAGAGGAAGGCAGAGUCGUGUCCGAAAGCUCCCAUUACACUGAAGACUGACAUCACCAUCACACCUAUGUCUGCAGCAUUACAGUAUAUCCGCAAAAUGUGAAUUACAAAAGUUAAAUAAGUUAAAUUAUACUCGUCAUAAUAGUGAUUUUUAAUGGAAUAAUGAUUAUCCCUAUCUGUUUGUGUGUGCCUUCUGGUAGACUGCGUCUUGGCAAGUUGAACGUUUUUUCCUAGAAUCUGCACUUGAAGUUGGAGACAUUUUGUUUAUGUCAAGCACUGUUUUUCAAAAGGUGUUCUUAUCUUUGUUUGCAUUUGCAAGGGCGUGUGGUGUUUCCGGUACUAUCAGUGUAUUUUUUCAGCUUUCUUGCAGUUGUUUCUCUCAUGCCUUUGUGCACUAAAUAGGAAUAAAAUGUUGUCUUUGUUAAAAAAAAAACCACCUAUCUAAUUGAGUAAAAAGUUCCUUAAUGACUGGAACAAUGAAAUAAGGAACUUUUGGAACUUUUGAGUGUUUCUUUUCUGUUGCUCGACUUCUUGUUAAUAUCAGGAAUGACAUACACAAAGAUAAUGUUUCCUAGAAUCACAAGAGGCCACAUUAAGGGGAAGAAAACAUGGGUCUUUGGGAGCAACUGAAUAGUUUUUCUCUGUGUUCUCGGAAAUGUUUAUUUGCAAGCCUGAAAUGCUGUAAAUGUCCUAAAUUUUGGAAUUGCUCUCUUUCUCUCACAUAUACUUGCACCACUGUACCUCAAAUAUUGCAAAGUAAUCACAAAGAAAUUUUGAGUCUUCUGUUGUGACAAGGGUGACAAGUAUUUGGAAUGGAAUACGUUUAAUAAAUAAAGGAACAUGAACAAUG